AUGGAGAGGUUCUCGCAGUUUCGUGACAAAGGCUCGGGUAUUGCUCCAUUUCUUCCCAUACCCACCGAGUCUGCGGGCAUCGCGCUACCCUUCCACAUCUUCUUGUACAUCUGUCGCGUGCCGCUUCUCAUUAUCUUCGCCCUGUCAUGGUUCCUCGUCUUACAGUGGAUGCCCCUCGGCAUCUUGGGGAGGAAAGCUGCGUUGUGGUGCAUAUUGGGAAUCCCGGGAAUAUGGUGGAUUGAUCUACAAAUCGACGGGGUCAAGAAAGGGUCUUUGGCCCAGAACAAGAGCAAAAUCCCUCAGGAAGGCUCCAUCAUCGCAUCUUCGAGCGCUUCACCCAUCGAUCCCCUGUACCUGGCCGCCAUCUUCGACCCCAUCUUUGCAGCGACGUACCCAUCUACAAGACUUGUUGAACCAAUAUCCUUGCUAACAGCCAUUUACCGAACAUUCGCUCACCCAAAGCUUGAACCAGCAUAUAAUGCCAAGUUGGUCGACAUUGAAAAGCUGAUCAAGCAGAACCCGGAGCGCAUUAUCGCCGUGUUUCCGGAAUGUACGACGACGAACGGAAGAGGGAUCCUACCUUUAAGUCCGAGUCUGGUGACCAUUCCUCCACGUACGAAAGUUUUUCCAGUUAGUCUUCGAUACACACCUCCAGAUGUCACCACCCCAAUCCCUCACUGCUACUUCUCCUUCCUAUGGAAUUUGUGCAGCAAGCCGUCGCAUUGUAUUCGCAUUCGCAUAGCAGAGGCCAUGUACAAUACCUCAAAAUCAUCGUCGGCAAAGGCGCCCACUGUGGCCGCAAAAGUAUCGUCAUCAUACACUACGAACUAUUUCGACACAUUGGGAUCAGAUAACGGGGUCAGCAGUGAUGCAGAUACACUCGUCGGUAGCGGGGGUGAAGAACAAGACAUUUCCAUGACCAAAGAAGAAAAGGCAUACCUUGACAAGGUUGCUGAAGCGCUGGCCAGACUGGGGCGUGUCAAGAGAGUCGGUCUUGGGGUCAAGGAGAAGAUUGAAUUCAUUGAAAUGUGGGCAACGUCAAGAAGUAGAAGAUGA